CCUCUUUCUCAUAUAAUUUUUACACUCCUUCCACUAUUCUCUCAACCUUCUUCCACAUAAUUUUCAUGGAUCCGUUCAACAACCCGGAGAACCCGAACACUACGAACAACCCGAAUACUCCCAACAAUCCGACCCAACCAAAUGUUUUUUCGGUUCCGGGAUAUUAUCCAACGCUAGAACCGAACCAAUUCUCCCAAUAUUCAUCGAACGCGUUUGCUUCAUUCCAACACUCGCCAAACCAAUUCACUCAAAUCUCCCAAAAUCAACCGAUCUCGACCCAAUCCGAACCCGAAGACGAUGUGGAGAUUGUGCCCGAAACCCAACCGCCUAAAGGGAAAGGAAAACGAAACAAAGGCAAACAAGUAGUGGGUGAUCAAACGUCGAAACCGAAGGCGAUUAAGUGGACCCCAAUCGAAGAAGAAGCCUUAGCCAAGGCUUUCAUUGGCACUUCCGACAACCCGGUAAAAGGUAAUAACCAACCGGGUGACGGGUUUUGGUCCAAGGUAUUGGCCAAGUUUCUCGCCAUGAUGGACCAAGGCCCGUAUAGAGAUAUCGACUCGGUUUCCUCGAAGUGGCGAAAAUUGAACUCGGCCAUUAAUCGGUUUUGCGAGGAGUAUAACAAAUUACAUACAAGUGACCGUCGUAGCGGGUGGAACGACGAGGAUGUGUUCAAAAUGGCAUUGGAAAAGUAUAAGCAAAAUCAUGGUUCCAACUUUCCUCACGUUCGCGCGUGGAUGGUUGUAAAAGACGACCCAAAAUGGGCGCCCAUUCCUAACGAGGUGGCGAUGGCGAAACGCCAAAAAACAUCGGAAACGGGUAGUUUAAGCGCCGGUGGAUCGGACGCGAGGUGUCACAUUAACUUAAAUGAUAACGCCGACUAUGACGAAGACAAGUAUAACGUACGUGAACCCGAGCGUCCACCGGGCCGAGACAAAACAAAGAAGGAGCGGGCCAAGGGAAAAGAAAAGGAAAAGGUGGACCUGAACAUGGUUGAGUUUAUGGAACACCUAAAAGUGUACAACGACAUCUCGGCCCAAAAGACGAAGGCGAAGGAGCGGGCCGUCGAAGAAAAAAGUCGUGCAUCGGACGAAAAGUUAAAAGAGAAGGUCCGAUUGUCGAAUGAGAAAAUCCGAAUCUCCGAUGAAAAAAUUCGGCUUAAGGAAUAG